ACACGCGAAUACACAUACAUGCGCGAACGCACACACACACUUUCUUCACUGGACUGGAUGAGAAAACACUUCCUCUCGUUACUGGUCUCCUUCACAAACAACACAGAUGCCUGUUAUACAUCGUAGUUACCGACAACGGGUGCAUUAGGCUCUACUAUCUCCCACCCAUCCGGUGUAUAGCAUAUAUUUUUUGUUGGCUCGUAAGGGAAACACGCCAGUGACGGUUUUUACGAGUUCGGUCUGGGAGAGCUACCGGGCGGUGUGCAUCAAUUCUCAACUGUGUUUAUUGUGAUUGGCGUGCUUUUUGACGAUCUAGGGCGAAAACUCAGGACCAAGGCGGCCGGGACAAACCUUUACAUGCAAAUAGGAAGAAAAAAAUCAGUCGGAUAUUCCAAGCCUUCAUUUCAUACUACCUUCUUGCUCCAACAUGACCAUUGAAGAGGAUUUCGAUAAUUUCAUGAAACAACUCGGGGAAAGCAUCUCGGAGGAGGAAUUAAAGGCUCUAACUGCAGCUUGCCAGGACGUCAUACCAAACGAAGCAAGGGAAAAUAUUAAAAAGCAGAAGGAUCUCUUUAGUUAUCUUCAAAAGAUUAAUCAGCUUAGUCAAGAUAAUUUAUAUUACCUAGAGCACGCCUUGGAGAAGAUUUGUCGACCAGAUCUUGUUACCAUGGUGAUGGACUUUCGAGACAGCGCCCCCUCCAGCCAAGACUUAAGCAAUGUCAUCUCCGGACCAGCUAGAAAAUACAAAGAAAUGAACAAAGAUACUGGAGAAAUCCCCGAGGAAGUUCUUACUGGAUUAGCUAAGAUUGAAUUAGCCCCACCCCCAUUGAAUGCUGAUAGACGGAAAGGAAGAGAUACGAGAUAAAUAGACUGCCCCCAGUUAAAUAAUCAUUCUUAAAAGAUGUUAUUACUGUACAAUUAUUACUAUUGGAAAUCUUUUUAUAUUGAUAUUAUAUUGAGAGUGUUUUAUUAACGUAAGUAGUAUGUUUAUGUAUUUGAAUUAGUAUUUAAUGCAUCUUGCCCUUGUUCUAUUUUGGUACUGAAACUAUUUAUUACAAGCAGCACUCUUUAAGGGGUACUAAGUUAUACUGCACCUGAAAAUAUAAUUGUCAUUUACCAAUUUGCAUCACUUUCACCAUAAAGCGCAGAUAUACCGAUUUUAUAUUGAGGUUCUAAUGACCGUUAUUGGUCCUGGUAAGCUUAUGCCAGGUCAUCUGCUGAGGAACUUAAUCAGUCGACAUUUAUUUUCUUCAUUAGCCAAAAGUGUAGCUGCAAAGCUGAUUUUGAAUUAAAAUCGGGGACAGAAUUGUAAGUCCACUGAUUGCCUUUUGGCCUAUCAUUAUAAACACUCCUGUGUAUUGAAUUACAAUGUAUCAUUCUACUUUUACAUAUUUUAUACUGAAAUGAAUAUUUAUAGAAUUUGCUGCCCCUUGACUUCUUUUUGGUUAAAUCUUGAAGGUCAAGUCCACACCAAGAUGUGCAUAAUUAUAUUAACUGUUUUGUGUAAUUAAGCAAAACUUAAACAUGUCAUAACUUUACUUCUUUUACAUCCAUUUUUAUGAUAUUUUCAUUGUUAUGUUUUAUGGAUUUUUUUUCUUCAAAUCAGGUUUUUGUUGGGGUGGACGUGUCCUUUAAUCUACUGGACAUUCAUGUUUGCUUUGCAAGGACGACUAUAACUAUAUAUAACCGUAUGUGAAAUCAACAUGUACUCCGAAAUCCAGACGCAAGAGCACUUUAAGAAAAUAGGCCUACACUAUUGAAAAAGGAUUGGUCAAAGCAUGGACCUAUAACAAACCAAUGUGUUGGUACAUAAUGUGUCCUAUCGAAAAAAAAUGGUCAAAACAACCAAUUUAUUGUUUGAAAUCUACCAGAAUUUUGAUUUGUGUUGAUAUUUAUAUCGAUAUUAGACGGUCGGGCACAUAUUCACCAAAAGAGUGGUUACUUGACCAAACCUAUUUAGUAGUGUAAUAAUCUAAAAAUUUAAAAAUACAUUUUGUUACGAAUUAUUGUGCAUUAUUUGGCUUUUGGCUUUAUUGAGGCAAUUCUACGGUAGUAACAAAUCGAUUUGAAUAACAAAAGAAAAAUACACCAAUCAUAAUACUAAAUAUUUCUUUCAAGAUUAACAAAACUAUGACAUGAAACAUUUGCGUGCACUAAACACGUAAGUUCGUAAAGUGUAGGCCUACAUUAUACAAACCGAUCAAUGAUAACACGCUUUAAAUACUUUUUCUGUAUAUGUUUUAUUUUAGAUAUGAGUAAUGAUUUAUUUUGAAAAAUAUUAAUUUUCCCCCUUAGGUAAUGUACAACAUAUUUUUACUGCUCUGUGAUUAUGCGGAGUCUCCAUGGGGGAAAAAUGAUGAAUCAAUUAACCAUAUCAUCAAUAGCACAAACAAUGAAGUAGGCCUAUUUAUUAUUCAGUACGUCGACAUACAAUAUCGAAUCAUUAGUUUGCACACUUUGCAACCGAAUUUGAUGAACAUUUUUACCAUAAUAAUUGUUGUCAUACUUGCGCAAUUGUUUUUUUCAGCGAUUGCUGUUUGGUGGACUAUAUAGGCCUUCAAAAUCUCACUUAUCUUAUUUGUAAAGCCUUAUGUUCAAACGUUUAUUAUAUUUUCGCAUGUUUAAAUGUUUUAUUACUUGCAGAAUCUUGUGUGUAAUAAUAAUUAUGCUAUGUACAAUGUGCAUUAUUUUAAAUCUCAAUGAAAUGUUAACCAGGUGUGUCUAAAACACUUCCAAAUAAAAUCACAUUCACUGUGUUCUAUACUUAA